UGCGUACUCCGGUGUUCUACCUCGUGGUGACGAAUCCGGUGGUGUUAGCGUCUUUUCUGUGCGGUAGAGAAUCAGCUGUAUUGCGAUUGAAGUUUUCUACUCGUUAGAAUGCAGAUCUUUGUAAAAACUCUGACAGGCAAGACUAUCACGCUUGAGGUGGAAGCGAGCGACACUAUCGAGAAUGUGAAGGCUAAGAUUCAGGACAAAGAAGGUAUUCCUCCUGACCAGCAGCGUCUCAUUUUCGCCGGCAAACAACUCGAAGACGGUCGAACGCUGAGCGACUAUAACAUCCAAAAGGAGUCGACGCUUCAUCUCGUGCUACGUCUCCGCGGCGGAGCAAAGAAACGCAAGAAGAAGACGUACACGACUCCGAAGAAGAUCAAGCACAAGAAGAAGAAGGUCAAGCUGGCUGUGCUGAAAUUCUAUAAGGUUGAUGAAAAUGGCAAGAUCACGCGUCUGAGACGAGAGUGUCCAAAUGAUGACUGCGGAGCAGGUGUGUUCAUGGCGAGUCACUUCGACAGGCAGUAUUGUGGGAAAUGCGGACUCACGUAUGUUUUUCAAAAGCCGAAAGACCAGGCAUAGUGUGUGUGUAGAACACGACUGUUGAUAUCAAUAUAGAAUGGUACAAGCAA